AUGUCUCUAUCCGGCGCUCCUGAUAACAAAGCAGGUGAUUCUUUCGAGAACCCACUGAUUGACCACGCGGCUCAACGCGACCUGAUCUCCGAGAGAUACUAUGCUCUGGAUAGGGUCCACAAUGCCAUCAUACAGACUACUCAAGCGUGCGUGGCCUCGUUCAUUGCGAAAGGGUUUGCCAUCCUCAACAGCAAGGGACUCCGCGUGUUCUUGCAAGACGGUCGCAUCGUCACUCAGACGCUGCACGUGUAUUCCAGGGAUCCAGCUGAGAACACUCUGUCGCGCCUGAACGAUCCGACGUGGGAGUUUAUCAGUGUGAGGACCGGGUUGGCGGAGGCGGCCUCUAAUGACAAGAUCUACUAUGACGUUGACAUCAAGUACUUUAAGAAACGGCUUCCCGAUCUCCCAGAUUUGACUGCAGAGGGCAUCUUUGGUCCAAAUUUCUUUGCGAAUGAUGGGAUGUUUGGUACUGGUACUACUUCUGCUUCUGAGCCUGCCGUUGCUACUUCCUAG